GAACUGGUGGAGAAAACCACCCCAAUCACGAGUCGAAUAUCGGUGUUUCUGCGAGCGACCCCGCACAGCUUCCGAUCAGACCUCGGAGGAAAACUACGGCUGAGAGAUCCGAUCACGUCCCAUCAAAGCCGAAAAAAGAAAAGCACAAAGAGAUAAAGAAUAAAGAUAGUCCAACCAAGCAAGUGGCCCAAGUUCCAAGACCA